AUGGCGGGCUGCCUCCACCGCCGCCCCUGCUCAUUGCCGGAAGGCGACGACCUGCACUCCGAGAUCCUCCUCUGCCUCCCCCCGCAGCCCUCCUCCCUCCCGCGCGCCUCCGCCGUCUGCAGCCGCCUCCUCUCCGACCCCGCCUUCCGCCGCCGCUUCCGCAUCCACCACCGCCACAAUGCUCUCCUCCUCGGCUCCUUCAUCCAACACUACAGAAUCACCUUCCAGCCAGCUCCCGACGCCCCCGACCGCCUCCCCCUCAAGCAAUUCCGCCUGAAGCUCGACGAGCACUGCAUCGCCCUCGGAAGGCGCCACGGCCUCGCGCUCUUCUUCCUCCCGAUCUGGCUCCAUGUUAUUGUGUGGGACCCCGUCGCCGGCCACCAGCUUCGCCUGGCCGUUCCCCCGGAUUUCGAGUUCCACGGGGUGGAGGGUGAUAUCAGCGGGGCGGUGCUUCGCGCCGCCGGAGAUGUCGACCACUUUCGGGUGGUCCUGGUAGGCAGCGACGGGGAGCAGCCUAGAAUAGCGCUCGCCUGCGUUUACUCGUCGGAGACGGGCAUAUGGGGUGACUGCCUCUCGGCACCGAUUCCAUCCGAGGGUUUGUUCAUUUUCAGGGGCCAGCCCGCUAUGCUGGCAGGGGAUCGCCUUCACUGGUCUAUUACCGUGGCAGGAUCAAGAAGUAUCCUGAGGUUUGAUUUGGAUACGCAGAGCCUGGAUCUUAGGUUGCUGCCAGGGGAUUAUUACACCCCCCUUGCAAGCAUUGCAACUAUGGUUGUGCGAGCAGAGGGUGGUGGGAUGGGUUUCCUGUUCUUAUACCGAUUUACCGCCGAAUUACGGAGUAUGAAGCGCAAUCGCGACGGUGUUGAAAUAUGGGCGCUAGGAAGAAGUAUUGAUCUGGACAAUUUACUUGGGCUGAAUUCAGAGAAAGAGCCCCCACAGAUGAUAGGCUAUGCGGAGGAAAACAAUGUGGUGUUAUUCAGGACAGUUGACGCUGGCUACAUGGUCCAUCUUGAGUCACUACAGUUCAACAAACUCCCCAAGACAACCGUCGGUUCUUACUAUCAUCCAUUCGAAACUGUCCAUACUCCAGGCAUUAGUGGUGGAAACAAACAAGUUGAAGUUGUAAGGCAUUCUUGGUGGACACGAUGGAGAAAAUACAUAAGACAGUUGCUCUCUUAG